CACCUCUCUCCGUGCAGCGCGAGGGCAGAACACGUCCGACGCGCGCACCUGGCGCCCGAGCUCAUUCAGUCACGUGCAGCCGCUUCCAGCGCGCGCGGGCGGCAGCGAGGAAGAGGAGACGUUUUCCCGGCCGCAAGGCGCGUGUUUUCCCGUCCGUCCCGAUGGAAGCCCGUGAGGUCGGGGUAAGAGGAGGAGGAGCAGGAGGAGGAGACGGCGGCAUGCGGAGAAGUGGAUGCUCGGUCUACCGUUAAGACACCUUGGGUGAUGGAGGAACAAAAACCUGGUGCACAUUCAUGGAGAGUUAUAUAAAGCCCCACCAGCAGAAACAUUCUCAACAACUGCGGGCCGGCCGGGCUUGUGCGUUUGGGAAAGGCCUACUGGCUUGCUAACACCGCCGCUGCGCUCAUAUAGCGGUUACAGCUGGUAUGCCAUCCUGAUCGGCCGGGUUGUGGAAGCGUAUAUUCCCUCACACCCCCUCAGCCCAGGGCUGUUCGGCAGACGGUCUUCCAGCAGAGAUCCGUGCGGACCUGCCUGCUCCGUUUUCUGGCGACGGGGCUGGCACUAAGGACGCGACCCUACCAGCCGAUUGGAUAGCACCCCAACGGAUGCUGCCAACCAAAGCCGAGAGGUGUCACGCACUCUGGUGCUCAUAUGUGCACCAAACACGCUCUCCGUCCCCUUCAAGACAACUUGAUGGAUCCCUCCUCUCACUACAGCUGACACAUCAUGGCCAGGCCCAAUUAUCAUCAGCGUAAAGCAUUAGCACAGAACAACAGGAUUAGACUCUGUGACUGAAAGUGGAUCAUCAGCCAUUUCUCUGAGUUGGACCAGCGGGACACACGCCAACCACAUCUCCAGCCCUCUUCAUACAGACCUUCCAACUGACCAUGUGAGUUGGCUAUAAGCAAAGGUAGAGGCAUGAGUCAAGUCUGACACUGGAGAUGCCGAAGAGACGAGACAUCGUCGCCAUUAUUUUGAUUGUGUUGCCUUGGACACUGCUCAUUACUGUUUGGCACCAGAGUGCCAUCACUCCUCUACUCUCCACAAGAAAGGAUGACAGACGGGAUGGUCGCUCCAACUCCCAGAAUGCUUUCGCCCUCAAGGACUCCUGCUCCCUUCAGAACAGGGACAUCGUGGAGGUCGUGCGCACCGAGUAUGUCUACAGCCGGCCCCCGCCGUGGUCCGACGUCCUGCCCAGCAUCCACGUCAUCACUCCCACUUACAGCCGGCCGGUGCAGAAAGCAGAGCUCACGCGUUUGGCCAACACCUUGCUGCACGUGCCCAACCUGCACUGGAUCCUAGUGGAGGACUCCCAGAGGACGACCACUUCGGUCGUUCGUCUCCUCCAGGAGACGGGACUCAACUACACCCACCUGAACGUGGAGACGCCCAGGAACUAUAAGGUACGAGGGGACACUCGGGACCCCCGAAUACCUCGGGGUACCAUACAGAGGAACCUGGCCCUGCGGUGGCUCAGAGAAACCUUCAGCAUAAACAGCAGCCAGUCUGGGAUUGUCUACUUUGCAGAUGAUGACAACACGUACAGUCUGGAGCUGUUUGACGAGAUGCGUUCCACCAAAAAGGUGUCUGUGUGGCCCGUGGCCUUUGUGGGUGGGCUACGGUACGAGUCACCAAAAGUAAACAAACUGGGCAAGGUUUAUGGCUGGAAGACUGUGUUUGACCCACGCCGGCCCUUCGCCAUCGACAUGGCUGGGUUUGCUGUGAACCUGCGUCUCAUUCUGUCCAAACCUCAGGCUUAUUUCAAGCUGCGGGGAGUGAAAGGGGGUUAUCAGGAGAGCAGUUUGUUGAAGGAGCUGGUCACUCUCAGCGAUUUGGAGCCUAAAGCUGCUAACUGUACUAAGGUAUUAGUAUGGCACACGCGGACAGAGAAGCCUGUGCUCGUAAAUGAGGGCAAGAAGGGAUUUACAGACUCUAAUGUGGAGAUAUGACAUACUUCAUCUGACACAGGGAAUUUCUCCGUUGGAUUCAUAUUGGAUUCAGAACAACCUCAAAGGUCCUUCCAGUAAUAUCGCGGGAGCUAAAAUAUCAUCUCAGCGCAGUAAAGCCGCACUUCCCCAAUGGAGGCACACCUGUCCGCCCCAGAAGGCGGUCCACACCAUGUGCUCGAACAGACCACAGAGUAUCAAAGCACAGCUGCAGGAAAACGUGCUGCUCACAGCACUGAGUGAUGCAAGACACCGGUAGGAGUUGUCAAAAGGAGCUUGCCCACUGAGGUCUCCUCGGAGAGCAUAAACAAAGGAUGUUACGUUAUUUCAACUGCAGGAAGAGAUGGCACGUCAAGCAAUAAAGAGCCCUCUGAGCGCAGAACACACCAGCCAACCAUCCAGUCAGCAUGAAAUAGGGCCCUUUUGUUAUGAGGCGAGCUGGCCGUCGGGAAAAGGGCUGCAUGGAGGAACAAAAGGGGCCCUUGUCUUAAGUCAGUCAGCACUGACUGACAGACUGACUCAGGGGAUCUGACCCUUCCCCCACACACACUUCUACUGUACAACACUAAGCUAUUUAGAUAGCUUCCUGAACCCAGCACUAAUUAGGAGUCCCUUUAGUCCACAGUCACAUGCUCAGCUGUCACACUGCACAAAGGUGAGUACACAGAAACACAUGCACUACACAGAGCAUUGGUUUAUUACAGUAUAACAGCAUUGUUUACACCAAGCUCCUGUUUAUUUCUGACACGCUGUAACACUACUGAGGUCUUCUCAUACUUAAAAAGAGGAUUCAGUAUCCCUAGCGUCCUGUUCACCUUCAAUCUUCUGUAAACUUAUUCGGAUUAUGAUUGUUACAGAUGAUUUCUCAGAAUUUACCUGUUAGUUGUGAGUUAUGCAUGUGCAAGUCAAUGAGAUGCAAAGUCAAAAAAUAGAAUGCAUUCUUUCGAAUAGAUAUGUUACACAAUCUAAUUAUUCCCACCAUUAAUGGCCGGCUUGCAAGUGAUACCCCAUUGACUUGCAGUGACACUGCUUACAAAUACUAAUGUUCUCAGACUCUGGCGGUUGGUUGUAAUGUCACAGGCAUCAGAAACUUUCACUCAAAGGUCAGAUGAUGAUGCAAUGCUGCUUUUGUUUCAUUUUAAAGUUGACAAAAUCACUCAUGCCUCAGAUUGUUCCAUAAACCUUUUUUUUGGUUUCACAGAAGUUUUCGUUGACUGCGCUCUGCAGUAUAACCACGCAAGAAAAACAAAUCUAACAUGAAUAUGUGUCACCCUUUAAGUGGAAAUCCCCGGGACUGAACAUGCUUGGUAAUUGUAUAAAUGUAAAGAAGGUACUGUAUGUAUUUAGCCAUAAAGUGUUCCCAUAACAACAA